AUGACCUCCUCCACCUUUAGGAUCUGCGCCUCUGGGUCAAGAUUAGAUACCUCAUACGUCAGUUUCGAGUCGGAGAAGGGAGUGCGAUCACCAAGAACUCCAACAUACAUUCCAGAUUCUCCAUCAGUACAAUCAGCCUGUCCUUUCGACCAUACCAGAUUCUUUGCCGAACCCACACCCGAGACCAAGAGCAGACCCUCGUUACCACCGCCACCGACCACGAGGCCCACGGAGUGGAUAUGGAUCUGCCAUCUUUGUCACUCGCGUUAUGCUCUCGGAGUGACGCGGCGAUGUCUGGUCGAUGGGCACUACUACUGCUCCGGCGAGAGUGACAAGCCAAGUAUGAGGAAGAAGAAAAAGCAGAAGGCAUGCUCGAGUGAAUUUGACUAUGGCGCGUGGAAAAUGUGGGGUGAAUGGCGUCGCAAAGUCCUUCGAACGAUUCAAAACGACAGAGUCUUCAAAGGCUGCGAGUACUGUGACUUUCCCAGCCAGUGUCGGUACCCGAUUGACACACAUCCACUCGGUGAUCUGGGGACGGCAUCGGUGACGCCCAAAAUCACUGUGAUCGAAUCAGACCCUGCAGUGAAGCGGAAAACUGAGCAGGAUAGAGCCAAGAGCAAAUCGACCGCCAAUGAGAGCGUUGACUUUGAUCAGAUCUUGAAGAGCAUGGUUGACACGGACGUACAUCAGCCGAACUCGGACACGCUGAAAGAUACGACGAAGAUGAAGGUAGGCGGGAAGAAGAAAAGCUCCGGCAGCAAGGACAAGGUUCCCUCCUUGGAGUUAGAACUGCCUCACUUUGACACAACAUUGAACUACCUGGUGGCAAUGGAUUGGGCCAAUUUCGAAGAAAUUGAAUUGGGAAAGACAAAGUUGGAGUGA